AUGGCUACUUUCAAAGUUCUAAGACUUUUGGCUGUUCUUGUUGUAAUGUUUACGGCCUUGGCUAUUUGUGCUCCUACCGUUAAUCUCCGUCAUGAAAAACGUGCAACGCCUGUUAUGAAUGUUCCGGCUCCAGGUCCUGGUGCACGAGCGAUUAAAUCUACGCAGAAUGUCAGUUGGUGGUGUAAUCUAUGUGGUUCAGGCCCGGUAAAUAUUCAAAUUAUCAAAAAAGGUGACGGGGUUGUGUUUACCACAACGGGUCAAAAUGCCAAUAGCGGUUCGAAAGACUUUUUCGUUGAUCCAGCGUGGGCCACUGAUGGUAGUACAUACAGUGUUAAAGUAACCGACCCCCAAACUGGUGCUACUGGAACUAGUUCGCAAUUUACAGUUUUUAAGACUAAAGAAUAA